AUGCAGACAGACACAUCUACUACGACUGCGUCAUCAUCACACUCCACCGUCGGGAACGUCCCAGACAGCUCAGGCAGAUCCAAGCGGCCCAAGGACUCGCGCCGAGGAGCACCUCCCGAGGUGGUCCUCUCCAAAGCGCUCUCCUGGCUGCUGCGUCACGGGGCGCUCAAAGAGAAGCUUGCGAUACGCCCAGAUGGGUUCGUCAAGGUGGAAGAUGUGCUCAAAUCGUCGAGAAUCAAGAGCAUACAGUUGCCUCCUGAUGGGCGCAAGGUCAGCUUGGAAGAUGUGAAGGAAGUCGUGCAGAGCAACGAGAAGAAGCGUUUCGAACUUAGAGAAGAGGAGGGAGAGCAUUGGAUCAGGGCGGUGCAGGGUCAUAGCUUACAGAAUGUGAGCUGCGUCGAUGUCGAAAUGACUCGACUCACUCUGGACAACCUCGCAAUUCUUGCUGCUCCACAUGCGUCGCCACUCGGGUCAUCAAAUGGUCCUGCUGCCGACGCUCAAGUGCCGGGAUACGAGAACCCAGGGCCACAGGUGUAUGUGCUGCAUGGAACGAACAAGGCGGCGUGGGAGCUGAUCAAAUCUUCCGGGGGCCUGAGCCGGAUGAAGCGUCAGCAUAUACACUUGGCAGCGGGACGACCAGGCAGUGGCGUGAUCAGCGGUAUGAGGACCUCUUCUCCUCUAAUUCUUCACGUGGAUUUGGUUUCAGCGCUCGCGGAUGGCAUUCCAUUCCUGAUCGCUUCAAACGGAGCAGUCUUGACGCCAGGCAUCGAGCACCAAGGCCAACAUGGCGUACUACCGCUCAAGUAUGUCGCGUGGGUGGAGCAGACGAAGGAUGGGACGCAGGUUUGGAAGCGUGACGGGGACUAA